AUGCUAUUCGAGCUCUCACUCCUGGCUCUUGCCAUUGGUGCUCAAGCUGCACCGCUUGAUACAAACAGCACCACAUCUGUGCAAGGAAGCAAGUCGUUUUCUGCUCCUGCUGUUUACAACCCCAACUUCAAGCGUAAUGGCACAGCUGCCUUGUUGAAGGCCUACGCAAAGCACAAGUUGACGCCAACAAAAGACUUCUCCGAAGCAUUCCACUCUGCUCUAUCAAAUUCUAUUCAGAAGCGUCAGGAUGGUUCUGCUCCAGCCAUCCCCACAGAAUAUGAUUCCGAGUAUCUGGUUUCCACAACCGUUGGUGGACAAAAGUUAAACUUGGACUUCGACACUGGUUCCGCAGACCUCUGGGUCUUUUCCACUUCAUUGUCAGCAGCCAGCAAAAAGGGCCACAGUAUCUACAACCCCGCGGACAGUUCCACUUACAAGAAAAAGAGCGGCUACACAUGGUCGAUUGAGUACGGUGAUGGAUCUGGAGCAUCCGGAACUGUUGGAACCGACACGGUCACAGUCGGUGGAACCAGCGUGAAAGGGCAAGCAGUCGAGCUCGCCACCAAGGUCUCCUCAGAAUUCGUCUCAGACACAUCUGACGGCCUUCUCGGUCUGGCUUUCAGCAGCAUCAACACAGUCAGCCCAGAAUCCCAAGACACGUUCUUCGACAACGCGAAGGACGACCUUGACGCACCUCUGUUCGCCGCCUAUCUCCCCUUGACCGGCGACGGCGCGUAUGACUUUGGCUACACUGACAGCUCAAAGUACACUGGCACCAUUGAGUACACCGACGUCGACUCUUCAAAUGGUUUCUGGGAGUACCCCGCGACCGCAUACAAGGUCAGCGGCACGACGCAUACUGCGUCUGGCUGGACCGCCAUUACUGAUACUGGAACCACCCUCCUGCUCAUGGGUGACAGCGCCGUUGACAACUACUAUGACGCCGUUUCAUCUGCUUCCUACGACUCUGACCAGGGCGGAUACACUUUCCCUUGCAGCACCACUCUCCCAGAAAUUCAGCUCCGCAUCGGAAGCACCCACUAUGCUACUGUCCCGGGUACUAGUUUGAACUAUGCGCCUACUGAUUCCUCUGGUGAUACUUGCUUCGGUGGUAUCCAAAGUGUUGGUUCAGGAAGCCAAGCUAUCUAUGGUGAUGUUUUCUUGCACAACAACUAUGGUGUGUUUGAUGCCAGUGGGCCUAAAUUCGGAUUUGCUACUGUUGCAUAA